AUGACAGACGACAUGUGUACAUUUUCCUAUAUUUCUGCCAAAGAUUAUGCACCUACAACAGCUACAGGUAUUGAACGUUCAUGGUUAGAUUUAAAACUUGAAUUUAAUCGAAAAGGAGACGGAUUAUCAGGUGCAAAAUAUUAUAAAACAAUCAGUGUACAAGGACCACAAUUAUUUGCUGUUAAAAUGGAUCAAACUGUAUGGUAUCAUGAUGAAAAUAAAUGGCAUAGAUAUCAAACAGCUACAGAUGUAAAAUAUGAUAAAAUACAAUUGCCAGAUUUAAAUCCUAGACGCACACCAUUAGCUUUAACAACAAUCGAUGAUGAUGAUCUAUGUUUUGGUGAACAAGAAGAAAUAUGUUCAUAA